CCUGCUGAGCCUAAUCCAGACUGAUUAAUGAAAAGAAAACAGGCAGCUUUACAACUGCAGUAGGAUAGAGAGAGACAGUAGCUAGUGAAACGUAGUGCCAAAAAAACCUUUGUAGCACUGAAUGACAAUAAGAAACAAGACGGAUGAGAAGAUUUGGAACCAGAGAAUUUGAGGAAUUAUUAGAAGGACCUGUUGUAGCCUUGAAAAAAACACGUUACCUGCAAUUUUAGGCAUCUAAUACUAAAGUGUAGUUAUCUGGUCAAAAUGGCUACCAAUGGAAUAAGCAAAUCUUUAAAGCUCCAAUUUGGGCUUAUCAAUUCUGAGAACCGAUACCUCACAGCUGAGACUUUUGGCUUCAAAGUAAAUGCAUCUGGCACGAGCAUGAAGAAAAAACAACUCUGGAGCCUGGAGCAGGAUGACCAGGAUAGUCAGGUGGUCUUCCUUCGUAGUCACCUUGGCCGUUACCUGUCCACAGAUAAACUUGGCAAAGUGGAUUGUGAAGCUGAGGUUCCAGACUUUGAUUGUCGCUUCCUGAUUAUAGCUCAGUCUGAUGGCCGCUGGGCCUUGCAGUCCGAGCCUUAUCAGCGAUAUUUUGGAGGCACUGAAGAUUUCUUGACCUGUUUUGGGCAGACCAUAGGAGAAACUGAGCUGUGGUGGGUUCACUUGGCCCACCACCCACAGGUUAAUCUUCUGAGCGUAGCCCGCAAACGCUAUGCACACUUGUCUGAUUCAAGUACUGAGAUUUCGUUUGACAGUGAUAUCCCAUGGGGUGUGGACUCCCUGAUCACCCUGGUGUACAAGGAUGGAAAGUACAGUGUGAAAACGUGCGACAACCGCUUUCUCACUGCCAGUGGAACGCUGGUAAAUGAUUAUGGUCCUGAAACAGCUUUUACAUUGGAUCUCAGGUCUGAUAAGUUGGCUUUCAAAGACAACGAGGGAAAGUACCUAGCCCCAUCGGGUCCUUCAGGCACUUUGAAGUCUGGGAAAAGUACAAAGCCAGGUAAAGAUGAGCUUUUUGAUCUGGAGGAGAGUCAUCCACAAGUGGUUUUCCAGGCAGCCAACAAUAGAUAUCUAUCUAUCCGUCAAGGUGUCAGUGUCUCAGCCAAUCAGGAUGAGGAAACAGAUCAGGAGACAUUUCAAAUGGAAAUUGACCAAAACACUAAGAAAUGCAUGUUCAGAACUAACGCAGGGACUUAUUGGACACUUGUCAUUCAUGCAGGCAUUCAUACUACCGCUACAGAAAUUGAGCCCAACACAAUGUUUGACAUUGAAUGGCUUGGGGCAAGAGUGGCUCUUAAAGCUAAUAAUGGAAAAUACGUCUGCAACAGGAAAAAUGGACAGCUUGCUGCAGUCAGUGAUACAGUGGGCAUUGAUGAGCAGUUCUCCUUGAAGCUAAUCAACCGUCCAAUCCUAAUCCUGCGAGGGGUAAAUGGCUUUGUUUGCCAUCACAAGAGCGCCAUUACACUGAAUGUCAACCGCUCUGUUUAUGACAUCUUCUCUUUGCUCUACAAUGAUGGUGCAUAUCAUAUACAAUGUGGCAGUGGAAAGUUCUGGUAUGUCACUAGCAGUGACUUGGUAUGUGUAGAUGGUGAAGAGCCAGAGAACUUCUUUAUUGAGUUUCUGGAGCUUGGAAAAAUGGCCAUCAAAAGCAAAGAUAGUAAAUAUCUACGUGCUGAUCAAGGAGGCACUCUCAAGUGUGAUGUCACUGCUAUGGACAGCUGCUGUCUCUGGGAGUACUAAUUUUUGUAUUAGUUGCUGUUAAUAGCUGACUUGUUUUAUGAAUUUCUUUUAAAUACUGUCAAUAUAUAUACUGUAUACUCAGGCAAAGUUUUUAGUGCUAUCAUUGUUUUUGUAUUUUUGACUACUGUACAUUGUGGAGAAGCUAGAAGAAAAAGAAGUACAUUGUUAAUGUUUAUCUUAACUAGCACCACAUGUAAUUCCUGAUUCUUUUAUUCUAUUUUAUAUUUUUAUUUUAAGCUUUUACCACAUUAACCUCCCUCUAAUAUCUAUACAUACAUAAUACUUAAAAAGUAAUAUAAUGUUCUCAGAAUGCUGUUGGUGUGUUCUUAUAAUAAGGUCUUGAUGAUUGAAUCAUCAAAGGGUUCUUGUUUUAGGUGGCUUUAAGUGUUAAUAGUCCACAUGGUAACAAAGUGGAUCUAUUAUAAAUGUAACUUUUUGCCUCUGCUUCAUUAAAAAGCUAAUUUCAAUGAA